AUCGGCAUUGUGACUUGCAAUACUAAGUUUGCGUUAUAAUUUCAAAUACAAUGGCCUGAGGUAUAACUACAGGUAGAUUUAUAAAACAAGAGAUUUGCCGUAACAUUAAAUGGAAAAUCAUAGACUCAAUAAUUAGAGACCUACUAAUUGAAGGCUUCGAUUCCUUCGCUGUUGCAUAGGUAUAGCCAUAUUAUUAUGAAUUUCUCUCUGCUGUAGUCAGUUCCUGACGAAUAUUCUGUUUAGUUUCUUAUAGUAUCCAGGAACUAGAGCUGAAAUUGUACUAGUAUUUAACUUAGAGAACAAUGGACAGUGUCGGAACAAAAAUUUCACUCAGACCUAUUGAAGUUAAUUAUCAUUUAAGUGUGAGUCUAAAAAUAAUUCAGUAUAUAGGAACAUGGCUUCCUAAAGGAAAACACCGAUCAAUGUAUAAAUUCUACACAAUUUGUAGUUGCAUUACCAUACUAGGAAUCUAUCUGUUCGUCCAAAUUGUGAAUUUAAUAACCAUUUGGGGAGAUAUUGAGAAAAUGGUAGCUGGAGCAUUUCUCUUGAUGACAAACACAGUACAUGCCUUGAAGGUAGUUGUCAUAUUGCGUUGUCAAAAACGAAUUCAAUUACUACUGGAUACUGUCAACAGCGAGAUGUUCAAUCGAUGCAAUGAUAAAUACAAAUAUAUUUUGAAUUAUUACACAUGGAGUGGAAUAUUUCAUCACAUUGCAUACCAAAGUUUUGGAACUGUCGCUGUUGUAUGUUGGGGGUUUACACCAAUUGCAAACAUAAUAACAGGAAAAGGGAGACAUUUACCGAUGGAUGGCUGGUAUCCAUACGAUACUACAAAAACCCCAGCUUUUGAAAUAACCUGUUUACAUCAAAGUGUGGCUGUUAUAAUUGGAUGCUUUCACAAUGUUGCAAUGGAUACACUAGUUACGGGUCUUCUUACCGUGGCAUGCUGUCAAUUGGAAAUUUUAAAAUGUAAUAUUUACUCGUUGGGAAAGCAAGAACAUUCCGAAGAAUUUUCAAUUUCUGAAGGAAUAAAAGAUCAAGACAGCCCAGAAACAGUUCUUUAUACGCUUAAAAGGCACAUUCAACACCAUAACGUAAUUAUCAGUUUUGUGAAGGAAAUUGAAAAUAUUUUUGGGACAACGAUACUACUGCAAUUUUUUGUGAAUGGUUUUAUUAUUUGCAUAUCUUCAUUUCACAUAGCACAGAUGAAAAGUUACACUGCACCAGAAUUAAUCGGCAUGACAAUGUACAUGUGUUGUAUGACAUAUCAAAUCUUUAUAUACUGCUGGCACGGAAAUGAAUUGUACCUUCAAAGUCAAAGCGUAGCACUCUCUGCAUAUUCCGGAGCAUGGUGGAAUUGCAGUCAACAAUACAAGCGCAGUUUACUGGUAAUUAUUGCCAGAGCUAAUAAGCCAUUCAACUUGACAGCAGGAAAUCUAAUGACAAUUUCGCUAAAGACUUUUAUGGAAAUAUUACGGACAUCGUACUCCCUCUUUACCGUUCUUCAGAGUACAACGAUGAAUUAAAUCUAGUUCGAAAUUAUCCGAAGCAGUAUUGACGAUAGCACAUGAUUAUGACAAUUGAAAACCAUUCAUUAUUAAAGGAAAAGAUUAACUCACAACUUCUGAAAGUCUUGAAGAUCUUACUAACAUUGAAUAUUCCUUGAUAGGCUUUAAACGGCUGUAAAUCAUAAGACAUACAUAAGAGCAGUAAAUGAUAGCCUUAAACAACAAGCAGAUCUUGAAAAUAAAAACCAUAAGUUGCUGUUAGUACUAAUAAUAUGCAAUUAAUAUAGUAUUAAUAGAACUAGAUCCGUGA